AUGUCUACCCCUACCCCGUUCGACCACCUCAGCAACCGUAUGAAGCUGGAAUGGCAUUCCAAGCUUCAUACGGAUAUGGCUCCAGCCAAAAACUACCGCCGCACGUCCAUCAUCGGCACCAUCGACAUCGUUUCCAGGUCCCAAGACCAACUCGGUGGAGAAGAUCAACAUGCUCCGCCAAGCCGGUCUGAAUGUCGUCCGGAUGAACUUUUCCCACGGUUCAUACGAGGUUCGUGCCGCAGGCUCCUAUCUCUGCCGAAAACGCCUUCGCUGACGUCUUUGCCCCAGUAUCACCAAUCCGUUAUCGACAACGCUAGGGAAGCCGAGAGGGUCCAGCCUGGCCGUCCUCUGGCCAUCGCUCUCGACACCAAAGGUCCCGAGAUCCGUACCGGUAACACGGUGGGCGACAAGGACAUUCCCAUCAAGGAGGGGCACGAGCUCAACAUCACGACGGAUGAGAAAUAUGCAAAUGCCAGCGAUGACAAGAACAUGUACGUCGACUACAAGAACAUUACCAAGGUGAUCGAGCCCGGCAAACUCAUCUAUGUCGAUGACGGCAUCCUGUCCUUUACCGUGCUCGAGAUUGUCGAUGAGAAGACCCUGCGCGUGCGUUGUCUCAACAAUGGCAACAUCUCCUCUCGAAAGGGUGUCAACCUGCCAGGCACCGAUGUUGACCUCCCUGCUCUGUCCGAGAAGGAUGUCAACGACCUGAAGUUUGGUGUCAAGAACAAGGUCGACAUGAUUUUUGCCUCGUUCAUCCGUCGCGGCAGCGACAUCCGUCACAUUCGUGAGGUUCUGGGUGAGGAAGGCAAGGAAAUCCAGAUCAUUGCCAAGAUCGAGAACCAGCAGGGUGUCAACAACUUUGACGAGAUUCUGGAGGAGACCGACGGUGUCAUGGUCGCUCGUGGUGAUCUCGGUAUUGAGAUCCUGCCCCCAAGGUCUUCCUCGCCCAGAAGCCUGUGCCCUCGUCCUGCGGACACUGUUGAGGCGAUCGCGAUGGCUGCCGUCGGCGCCAGUCUGGAACUUAACGCUGGCGCUAUCCUUGUCUUGACCACCAGUGGCAACACUGCUCGUCUCCUUUCCAAGUAUCGCCCUGCUUGCCCCAUCAUCAUGGUCACCCGCAACCCGAUUGCCUCACGAUAUUCCCACCUCUACCGAGGAGUGUAUCCCUUCCUGUUCCCUGAGGCGAAGCCCGACUUCAAUGUCAAGAUCUGGCAGGAGGACGUUGACCGUCGUCUGAAGUGGGGUAUCCAACAAGGUAUCAAGCUCGGCAUCAUCAACCGGGGCGAAAACGUUGUCUGUGUGCAGGGCUGGCGUGGAGGCAUGGGCCACACCAACACCAUUCGUGUUGUCCCUGCGGAGGACAACCUGGGUCUCGCCACGUCGUAA